AUGGAAACAGGGGAGAAACAUUGGCCGGUCCGCUCCCAGAGUCACCAUGGUACACAUCAGCACAACUAUAACCACGUGGCUCUAGGUAGCCCAACACGCACACCUAAGAAUGCUCACCGAUCAUUGAGACGUGAGAACAAUAGGUUGAGCGGGAUCCUGACCUCGCAGACGGAGCCCUACGACCUCUCCUUCUCCCGCUCCUUCCAGAGUCUCUCGCACCUACCGCCCUCCUACGAGGCGGCCGUCAAAGCCGACCUCAACCGAUACUCCUCCCUCAAGAAACUCACAGAUAAAGAUGUGGAUGACUACUACUCCAGGAAGCGUCACCUUCCUGACCUGGCCGCGAGGAGCACCCUUCCCCUCCACGUCAUCAAGAUGAACCAGGAGCAGCUCCACCUCCAGCAGCAGCAGCUCCAGAGCCAGCCCCCCCAGGCCCAGGUUCCCCAGCCGCCUCCCCAGCAGCAGGCCCCCCAGCAGCAGCAGCCCCCCCAGAGGCAGAGACCCCGUCGCGUCCAGAGGGCCAUGUCCCAGGACCGGGUCCUGUCCCCCCAGAGGGCACCCGAGCAAGACUACAACACCUCUCCCUACGGCAUGUCCCCCUAUGGGGGCCGCAUCCUGUCGGAUGAGCAGCUCCUCUCCGCCGAGCGCCUGAGGUCUGAGGAGAGACUCCUCUCCCAGGAACGCCUCUCCUCCCAGGACCGACUCUACUCCAAAGACCGCAUGUACUCCAAAGACCGCCUGCUGUCUCAAGACCACAUGUACCCGAAAGACCGUCACUUCUCCCAAGACCGCCUGUACUCCCAGGACCGCCUCUACUCCCAGGACCGCCUUCUGUCCCAGGAUCCCUUGCUGUCGCCCGACAAGAUGAUCUCGCUGAAACGAGGCGUGGUCAGCAGCGUUUCCGGCGGUUUCCGCGGCGGCAGCGGAGGCGGCGGUUUCAACGACAAGUCAAUGUCACGCGCCAUCUCGCACACGGACGUGUUCAUGCCGACCACGCCGAAGACGGACCGAUACCAGAUGACCAAAAUGCACUCCCAUCCCAGUGCCUCCAACAACCCAGGGGCAGUGGGGGGAGCGGGGGCGUCCGGGCACGCCAACACGUUAUCCAUGAACCAGACGUCGUCUAAGAGGCAGGCUUUCGCCUCCAGAAGGACCCACACAGUGGAGCAGCUCCACUACGUGCCCCAGCAUCACCAGCAGCAGAACCAGCAGCAGCACUACCGCACUGGCAGCAAGACCGAGGUGACAGUCUGAGCUAGCAAGCAGUUAGCAAAUUAGCAAUCAGCUAAUUAGCUGUUAGCCAAUUAGUGGUUGGCUAAUUAGCCGUUAACCACCUAGCGGUUAACGGCUAGUGCCAUUGUUAGGGAGGGAGGAUUGGGCGUUGUGGAUUUGGGGUUAAGGUUUGGGAGAUUCUGGCCUUGUAUAAAAGGAGAAUAAGUGUAGGAUGUGGACAUAUUCACACACACUCCUUCAAAGUCCAUUUUUCCUGUAAAAUCAAUCAGAGUUUAGACCACGCACAUCUUCUGGCCUUGUCUGGCAUUUUCCAGAACCGAUGGAGACACACAACAGCACUCUGCAGACUGAAGUGAUAACCGUUCUUAAGUAUCCAUUAACCCAGCAUACCCGGAUACAAAUAAUUCUGCAGUACUGGAGUGGGUAGGUGGGAGUUGAGGUUUCUAACCAUUAAUAUCCGUAGUCCUCGGUACUAGAUCUAGCACUCUUCAUCCAUGUCGGUUUGUGUAAGGUGAGCUCUAAUGAGAACCCAUGGAUCAUGCCUGGAUGAGGAGGUUUUAGUGCUCUUUCUCCCUCCAACCAAUCUAUUCUGUGAUCUUCUACGGCAACUCUUAAGGGCUUUGCAAGGUUAACCACACGGGCCGAUGUCUCCAUGACAACACAUGACCAGGGGUGAUGUACCGGGAAGAACCUGUAAUAAUAAUGAAAAAUAACUUUAUAAAUAUAUAAAUAUAUAAAACUACCAUUUUUAAUUCCAGUCCUACUCAUAGCUAUAGAGGAUUUUAAAGAAAUGAAAAACGGAUGUUAUUAGCACUUCUUCUGUGGAUGCUUCUGACCAAUGUUCUGUUUCUGAAACCAUGAAGAAGUUUUGUGGGUUAUAAAGCACAAUCAAUUGAGAACAUUUUCUGUUCAGUUUAGAUUUUCCUGUUUUGUUCAUACGUUUGAUCAGUGAUGGCUAGCUUGUAUCAGUUAUUAAAGCGACGGCAGGUUUCUUUGCUUCCAGUAGACACGUGUAAAUACGCUAUGCUAGAGGCAGUAUAUGGACAAGUCUGUACUGGUUGAAUUUUGUAUUAGACUGUCUCUGUUUUCAGUAGAUUCUGAACAAAAAAAUCUUCACCGUUUUGUGAGUUCAGACUAGAAAAUACCCAAUUAACCAAGUAUUUGACAGGAUCAACUAAUAAUAUUCAGUGUGUGUGUCUUUGCAAAUCAUGUUUGUAGAAUGAGAAGUGAACGAAUGUGUUGUUGAUAAAGAUAUACCACUAUUCAUAUUUGGAUGUAGACUAUGUUCCAUUGACUUAUAAAAGGAGUUGAACAUCAUGAUGACUGGCUAUAAUGUUUGUUGCGGUAGGGGUCUAAUAAACCAUCCAUAUUUUUCUAAACAUUCA